AUGCCUUCUUCUUCUGAUGAACCUCCGUUGCAUUAUGUGUACCCUGUCACUCGUUUGGAUAUCUUUAUGGAGAUGGGCUUCGCCCAGCACGGCAUAGCCCGCACUGCGCGGUCCCGAACAGAAGAGCAGCGCAAGCAAGACUUGGUCAAGAUCGAAAAGUACCGUACUAUCGAGGACGAAAUCCGCCAAAAGCUUACUUCGAAACUCCUGCGUCUUAACCCAGAAUACUAUACAGUAUGGAACGCCCGCAGGUGCUGUCUAAUCUUUGGCUCAUUAUCCAAACCGUUGGAUGGAUCGCUGCUCUCCAAGGCGUCGCAGAGCACUUCAGCGAACGACAUUCACACAGCCUGUUCCGUCGCUUCGUCAUCCUGCUCCUCGACCGAGAUCCCGCCGCACCACAACUCCCGGACAGCUGGGAAGAUUGGUACAACACCUGAUAGUCAUGUCGACGCCGAUGUCGACGUCGAAGUGAUCCGUUCUGAACUGGCUUUUACUGUCCCCCUUUUGUUGCAGUUUCCAAAAUGCUACUGGAUAUGGAACUAUCGACUCUGGACACUUGGCUGUGCAAUCCAGAGGCUCAAUGUAUCCACCGCCCGGCGCAUUUGGGAGGAGGAGCUAGGUCUUGUCAGUAAGAUGCUCACCAGGGAUCGACGCAACUUUCACGCCUGGGGCUACCGUCGUCACGUCGUAGCCCAGCUCGAGAGCCCUUUGUUGAAUGGACAGAGCCUAGUGGAGCCAGAAUUCCAGUAUACUACCGACAAAAUUCGCCAGGAUCUCUCCAAUUUCUCGGCGUGGCACAACCGAAGCCAGCUCAUCACCAGACUUCUCGAUGAGCGCAAUGCGGAUGACGAGUCUCGUAAGGCUUUCCUAGACCAAGGCAAGCACCUGCACUGCGUCUUACUUAGCACUGCUGACUUCAUAUUAGAACUUGAGCUCGUCGACGAAGGUCUGAACGUGGGACCCGAGGAUCAGUCCUUGUGGUAUUACCAUCAGUUUCUGGUAUUGAACCUGGCCGAUUCUGCUUCCAGCCGCCAGAUAGCCCCUAACCUUGCAGUGAAUGACCGCAAACUAUACAUUGAACGUGAAGUAACCAACAUCAAAGACCUAUUAGAAGACUACCGCGAUGUGAAAUGCAUUUAUGAGGCCCUCAUCGAGUAUGCGAUGGCAUUGGUCCAACUAAUUGGGCAACCUCUUGGAAUCGAGAAACAAAGCGAGGUAGCAUCUUGGCUAGACAAUCUGAAGAAAUUAGACCCCAUGCGGAAUGGGCGAUGGCACGACCUGGAAAAGCAGUUGGGUUUAUUUCGGCCGUGA